CUCUGAAAUUACGCCUUAUCAACAUUUCAAAAUUUAAAAUUAAUAAUAAUUCACCAUAAAAGUUUAAUUUCUUUCUGUUAUUAUUCUUUUUAUUUGAAGUAAUGUCAUGUUCGGAUGAUGAAAACUUGUCAUUAAGUGAAUUGGGAAAAAAAGAAUAUUGGGAUCAGUUCUAUACAACUGAAUUGGAAAAUUUUGAUGACUUUGGUGAAGAAGGUGACAUAUGGUUUGGGAGGAAAAAUCUUGAACGCAUUGUUGGCUGGUUAAUUGAUAAUGAAAUAGAUAAGUCUGCAUCAAUUUUGGAUGCUGGCUGCGGAAAUGGCAUGACCUUAAUUUCAUUGGCUAAAGUUGGAUUUGAAAAUUUGACUGGAAUAGAUUAUUCUAUUGAAGCCAUAGAACUAGCUAAAAAAGUAGCAGAGAGAAACAAAGCUGAAAUAAAAUAUUGGGCAUUAGACAUUCUACAACCAGACCCAGUGUUUGUCAAAAGAUUAAAAGAAUUCCAUAUUAUCAUAGAUAAAGGAACUUAUGAUGCAAUAUGCUUAGACAGAGAACAUAUACAGGAAAAAAGAGAGCAGUACAUACAAGCAAUACAAAAUCUUCUAUCUCCUAUGGGUUAUUUUAUAAUAUUCUCUUGCAAUUGGACCAAAGAAGAAUUGCUGUUGUAUUUUAAAGACUGGACCCUCCACGAUGAAAUAAAAAUACCUACUAUAAAUUUUGGUGGUAAAACUGGACAAACUGUUACUGCUUUAGUGUUACAUAAAAACAAAUUGUAAUGCAAAAAAUGUAUUUUAAUAAAUUGUUUUAUACAUAAUUUAAAAA